CGCGCAGAACGUUUCUGCGCCCGAACAGGAUCAGCGUGAGCGGGAAGAGCGAGCUGUGCGUGCGCACUGGCGAACAGGGGAGAAAGUAGUUUACCACUUUGUUUCGCACCAUAUGAGUUUCAGAAACCGAGGCACAUAACCUUUUUAUUAUUAUUAUUUCACGGACUUAACGGAUGCCCCUGGUCAGUGGAAACCAGGGUUAGCCUCUCUUGCUCCUUCAAGUACUUUCUUUGGGAUGGGCUAUUUUCAUAACGUCAUUUCAUUCCUCCCUCUUUUUCAUUCUCUCUUUCUUUGAUUCUUUCUCCCACCAUUUCCUAAAUGGAACAGAUUGCAACACCCCACGCGUUUUCCUGCCUGCAAAGUUUGGUUUCUAACGUGUACACCGUUUGCGCGUUCUGCUUUGCCGGGCGUCUCUUGAUUUAACGGACUCGAAGUGGAAGUCAGAAGUGGCGGCGGUGGAAGUGUUAAUCAUGAUGAGGCUUGCCAUGAUUAACUGUGAAAAAUGAUCCACUAACUUGUCGGUGUUUUGCCACAUUUCAAGUCACGCGCUGCCCUUUCAACAUGAUGUAUUCUCCUCUCUGUCUAACUCAGGAUGAAUUCCAUCCUUUCAUCGAAGCGCUGCUUCCGCAUGUGCGUGCCUUCGCCUACACCUGGUUCAACCUGCAGGCCCGUAAGCGCAAGUAUUUCAAAAAGCACGAGAAGCGGAUGACCAAGGAUGAAGAGCGCGCUGUCAAGGAUGAGCUCUUGGGUGAGAAGCCCGAGGUCAAACAGAAGUGGGCUUCCCGCCUCCUUGCCAAGCUCCGCAAAGAUAUCCGGCCUGAGUGUCGGGAGGACUUUGUGCUGUCCAUCACGGGGAAGAAGCCUCCAUGUUGUGUCCUCUCAAACCCGGACCAGAAGGGGAAGAUGAGGCGAAUCGAUUGUCUACGGCAGGCGGAUAAAGUCUGGCGUCUGGACCUGGUUAUGGUGAUUCUGUUCAAGGGCAUCCCGCUGGAAAGCACGGAUGGGGAGCGGCUGGUCAAAGGCGGCCAGUGCUCCAAUCCCAUCCUCUGCGUCCAGCCUCAUCACAUCAGUGUGUCCGUCAAAGAGCUGGACCUCUACCUCGCUUACUUUGUGCAGGAGAGAGAAGCUGAACAGAGCAGUAGUCCUCGCACAGGCAUUGGUUCAGAUCAGGAGGACAGUCGAGCAGCCACCAUGGAUGCUCCAGAGUUUCAAGAUAGCUUCAUAACUUCAGGCGUCUUCAGUGUAACAGAACUGGUGCAAGUAUCGAGAACACCGGUGGUGACGGGUACGGGGCCGAACUUUUCUCUCGGAGAGCUGCAGGGUCAUCUUGCUUAUGAUCUGAACCCUUCAGGGGUGGGAAUGAGGAGGACCCUUCCCAGCACCUCCUCUAGUGGAAGUAAGAGACACAAGUCUGGAUCCAUGGAGGAUGAUAUAGACACCAGCCCAGGGGGCGAGUACUACACCUCUCCCAACUCCCCUGCCAGCAGUUCACGCAACUGGCCAGAGGAGAUGGAAGGAGGAAUCUCCCCUACAGUUAAGAAGACAGAGAUGGAUAGUCCAUCUCCUCAGGAGAGCUCUCCACGUCUCAGCUUCACACAGCACCACAGACCAGUCAUUGCAGUGCACAGCGGUCUCUCUCGGAGUCCACAUCCCUCCUCGUCUCUGCACUUCCCUGGCGCUCCUAUUCUCCCCCAGACUGCCUCCACCUACUUCCAGCACACGGCCAUCCGGUACCCCCCACACCUCAGCUCUCAAGACCCGCUCAAGGAUCUUGUCUCUCUGGCCUGUGACCCGUCCAAUCAACAACCCAGCCCACUGAAUGGCAGUGGUCAGGUGAAGGUAUCCAGUCACUACAUCACCUCUCAGAUGCUGGCCCCCCCGCCACCCCCCGGCCUGCCCCGUCUGACGCUGCCCCCAGAGUCCAAAUCCAGCACCACCUCUGCAGACGCAGCUGCCAGCUCACCCACCUCCCCCACUUACUCUGCUCCCGGGACGCCACCUGCCAACCGCUCCUUCGUAGGAAUUGGUUCUCGAGACACUGGCAGUCUGUAUCAGGCACAGUCCUGGUAUCUGGGGAACUGAUCAUCACACACACGCAGACGAACCCGAGGAGGCACAGACAUGGAUUAGAUUUUUUUUUUGUGUGUGGAAUUUCUGAGAAAAAAGUUGUUAACGAGAUGCAAGAGGGAAAAUCAGAUAUAUAUGCAGUAUUUGUAUACACACACACACACACACAUAUAUAUAUAUAUAUAUAUAUAUAUACACACACACACACACACACACACACACACAAUAUGUGUGUAUAGAUAUAUGUGCACACAUAUUUAUAUAUGCAUAACAACGUACAGUAUAAGAUGCUUCGAUACACUUUUUAAAAAACAGACAAUGGAAAUGGAUAAGAGCGUGAGAGAAUGGCCAUAGAUGGAACAGAAGAAAAGAAGACAAAAGAGGAGGAUGUUUUUUGUUUUUCUGGGAGGUCAGCCCGAUCUAUGGCGUAUAUUAGCGGACAUGUCGAAAAGGCCCACUCUGACUCCCUGCCUCCUGGAAUGCCUCUCUUCAGUCCCCUCCUUCUGCUACAGGUGCUGCUUCCUCCUAUAUGCAAAAUAAGUAUCCUUUAUUUUCUUAAUGAACAGUGAAGAGAAACCCCAAUGAAAGGGUUUUUCUGCUAGCAUUUCGCCACUGGUUUGGAGGUGAGCGCGGUCUGUUUUUAUUCUUUUUUUAAGUGCGCAAGGCAACACGACGUGGAAAAGGAACUGAAAAGGUUGAUGCUUCCGUUCACAUGACAUUUUGGAUAAAGAAAGGAAACGAAAAGGCUACUUUUCAUCCAGUUUUAUUGACAAUCAUGUAUCUGCGUCCUUGGUUUCUUUCAGAGGGUGAUGUUUUCUAAAUUGCAUUCUCUGCCGUUUGUAACGGAGUCCACUUUUUGGAGGAAACCUGUCAUGUUUUUUGUGCAUCAGAGGAAUAUUAGUGGUACCUCAGUGACAUUAUACAUCACAGUCAGCGUCUAUACACACAUGCACACACACUUACAUGUAAACACACCUAUCUUGAGGCAAUGGCAUGUACUGUUAAAAGCUACACGAGGUGUGUGUGAGCUGUGAAACAGCAUUCAUAGGAUGAGCCAGGGAAUAGCAAGGGUGAAUUAGCACCUUUCUCUCUGCGCAAUAUGAAAGCCCCUCAUUCCCUGGACCCCGCUGUAAGUGUGUGUGCGUGUGCAUCCGUGUGUUUGUGCGCGUCAUAAACAUUGGUAGUCCCUUAUUCAUCUCUGUGAGUUCACAGAUUAGGUUUUUUUUUGAUUCAUGUAGAUUCGUGGAUUUUUCCACAUAGUGACAAAGGGAGUUGAAAUAUAGUUCUGUCAUUACUUAGACAGUAUUGGGUGUAGAGGAUAGAAUUUUAUGUUCUCUAUGUGUAAUUAGUUUAAAUUCAUUGGAAAUUACAGGCAUUGCACUACUUUAAAUUUUUAUUUUUCCUCUUUUGCAAAUUCCCGUUCGGCCUAAUUAUAUGGAAUGCUGCGGGUCGAUUCUUUUUGUCAUGUUCUGAACUCACGAUAGAUGAGGGUUGGUUUCCUAGUAGCUAAGAAGCUGAUCAGAACAAUCCAA